GCACCACCUUGUCUCCCUCCACCACCAUCUCUGCACGCCACACUCGCUCCCUUUCACCAUGGAGAUGCUCGACGAACAGCGCCUGGCGUACUCGUGGCACCAGUCUCACGAUCAGGCGACAAUUCUGCUGAUGGUACCGAACUCGGCGCGUGAAGAGGACGUCGUGGUCACCAUUGAGGGACAAUACCUCGUUGCUGGAAUCAAAGGUCGCGAACCUAUCAUCAAGGGCAAGCUAUACGGCGAGGUCGAUCCAUCGACAUCCACAUGGCAGCUCGAGGAGUCUCCUCGACCAGGACGCGGACGGACGACAUCUAACACGUCGUCCGUAUCUACUCCCUCAUCUUACGCCCUCGUCUCGGAACCGGACAUCACGAGCAGCUUCGCAGCCUCUCUUGACAGCGGUCCUGUCUCGGAGACAGAAGACGGCGGCACGUCACCCGUGCGCGGUACUAAUUCUGGGAUCAUCGACCACAACGGCCUCUCCGUUCGCCUUGAGCGCGCACGACCCGCAAGUUCUGGCCCGGUCUCUCCCGCAUACUACUCUUCUCUCGAGUCCUUGGAAUCGCGCAUAUCCGACCGGCUGCUCACAUUGCAUCUCGACAAGGCGCAGUCCAUCAUAUGGCCUUCGCUGAUAGUAGGGCCUGUCCCCUCUGCCUUGUCUCCCCUGGUCACUCAAAGCGUGGUCUAUGACGCGAGUGAGGAGAUGGAGCAUCAGUACAAUAUGGACCCGACGAGCCUGAUCCUCAUCGGCCUGGACCUGUACGACAUUCGCAAGCAGAAGCGCGAAGCAUUCGAGUUUCUUGUGCGGGCUUGGCACCAGAGCCACGGCGCAGCUGCUACCAUACGGCUCGCAACGAACUAUGUACCCGUUUCUGCAAGCUUCGACAUCGACUUCCAGACGCCUCCUGCGAGGGACACGGAAGCCUACUAUGCACAUUGCUUAGGCGGAGCAGAGGGUCUCGCCCAGCUCUACUUAGACGCGGGCCUACUUCAUUUGGAGGGCGCUGCCUCGAACCUGGUCUCUCCUUCCUUCGCCAGCCUGUCGUCCUUGAGGGUACCGCCCCCGAAGGCACCGCUCUCGAUGGCUGGUGCACAAGCGUGGAGGCGAGAUCGUGAAGCGGCCAACGGAUACUUCGAGCGCGCACGCGUACUGUGUCCAGACCUCGACGUCCCUGUCCUCUCCCCGGUAGCCGAGCCUGAUCACUUCCAGAUGCCGUCCUUCGAGAUUAUCGACGAGAAGCGGCAGAAGGAGGAGGCGGCGCUGGUGAAGAAGAAGCUGGCACGAUCGGAGGACAUUGAUGAUGCGUGGUACCUGUACGUGCCAGCGAUCAUCGGUGCGGGUACGGCCAUACUAAUGGUGGGCGUCGUGGGUGCGCUCACGAUGUCGAGCUGGUCGAGGCGGUCUCACGGUUCGUAAACGAUCUUUGCUUGCUGGAGUUUGUUCGGAACGAUAUGAGGCUUCGCGAUAUCCUUACUUACCCUCACGGCUGUUACUGUACCAUUACCUAGUACUUCUUGUAGUAGACCUCACUGCUCAACUGGUCCGGCAUCAUGACACAGCUAGCGCUUUGCGGCGUGAUGCGCGCCACGUUACUUAGUUCGCGGGAGCUUGUUCGGUCGGAAUCGCACCUUGCCUCCUGCC